GAGUAGUGUUUCCCAGCACUCACGUUGGCAGUGCCUGAAGGAGGCUAAGCGCCGACCACGAGACAUAAAGCCGUCGGAAAGAAGGAAAUCUCAGCGCCGGAGCAAUGACGCUAACCAAGAUAUUCACCGUUUGCAGCGACGGCACGGGCAGUACUAGUGAUUCGUCGGCAAAGGACCCGAACGCGCGACGAGGGACGGAGAAACAGAACCAAGACCAAGGGCCUUCGGUACACAUUUACCCGUUCUCAUCAGAAGAUGGACCGGACGGCGUUAUCGUCAAAAUUCAGCCGCCCAGCAGGCCGGCAGACGGAAAGCUUGAGCAUGUCCCUUGUGACCUUGUGCUCUCGAUCGACGUCUCCGGCAGCAUGGCAAACGCGGCCCCUGUGCCAUCGAGGCCGGGCAGACCGGCCGAUGACUCCGGAGAGGAAGAGGAGUACGGCCUGUCCGUGCUGGAUCUGGUGAAGCACGGGGCCCGCACCAUAAUCGAAACCUUGGAUGCAAGGGAUCGCUUGGGCAUCGUAACUUUUUCCACCCACACCGAGGUGCUCCAAUCCCUGACACCCAUGACAGCAGAAAGCAAGGCAGCGGCCGUUGAGAAAAUCGAACGCAUGAAGCCUCUCGACAUGACCAACCUCUGGCACGGCAUCCGCGACGGCCUCGAUCUGUUCAGAGAGAGCAAGAGCAAAGACAACCCACCGGGCUCAGGCGGGAGGGUACCAGCGCUGCUUGUGCUGACUGACGGGAUCCCCAAUCACAUGUGCCCACCUCAGGGAUAUGUGCCCAAGCUGCAGAAGAUGGGGCCGCUCCCGGCCACCAUCCACACCUUCGGCUUCGGCUACCGCCUGGAAUCCGGCCUGCUUAAGUCGGUUGCCGAAGCGGGCGGGGGCAAUUACUCGUUCAUUCCUGAUGCUGGCAUGCUUGGCACCGUUUUCAUCCACGCCGUAGCCAAUCUCCAGUCGACGUUCGCCAACAAUGCCAGGUUGCGGCUGACAUACCCGAGCUAUCUGGGCCUUCAAGAGACGACAGGCGAAGCAGUUGAUAAGCAAGAGCCUCUCCAGUUGGGGGGCGACGUCCCCGACUCUCUCGCGUCGCUCACCAUCCUGCUCAGCAAUGUCCAAUACGGCCAGUCGAGGGACGUCUACCUCCGCUUCGGCACCGGCGUGAAAGUGAUCCAAGCCGAAGUCGAGGCCGGCGGGUCAUCGCCCCCAAUCAUCACCGCGGCGCUCGACUACCAGCGCUUCGCGCCCGAGACGCAUCAAGCCGUCGCCUACCGACACGCGCUCGACAUUUUUUCGGGCCCGCAACUCGACCGCGCCGAAAUAGCCUACCACGUCUCCCGCUCCGCGCUCGUCUCCUUCCUCUCGACCAUCUACCCGCUGAAGCGCCCGCAGCUCGAGCACUGCCCUCUCCGCGACCCCCCCUCCGACCUGCCCACCCGCCUGCAGGCCCUCCUGGCCUCGCUACCAGCCGCCAACCCCGAAUUCGCCUCCUCCCACCCAGGCUGUCGUUCCCUGCUCACCGACCUGUGCGGCGCCGACUUCCUCAACUUCGACCACCGCCGCCUCGAGGAUCUCAACAGCAAUCCCGCCACCGCCGCUGCCGCAUCAUCAUCAUCAUCAUCAUCAUCAUCAUCAUCAUGGACGGCGGCGGGCCAGAUCGCCCUCGCCCUGCUCGACGGCUCGUACUACCGCCGCUGGGGCAUGCAUUACCUGCCCAGCAUCGCCGGCGCGCACGCGAGGCAGGUCUGUAACUCGUUCAAGGACGCCGGCCCGCUGCGAUACGGCGUCGACAGCCCGCUGUUUGCCGCCUGCCGGGAGCGUCUGGAUGACGCCUUUGAGCAGCUACCUGCGCCCGCGCCGAGUCGGACGUUGCCAGUCCGGUGUAGCAGCAGGGGUGGUGGUGGUGGUAGGGGGCCUCCGCUGCCAGUGUUGGCGUCGAUGAAGCGGUAUCAUGACGUGGAAAACGGGUGUUUUGCCGGGUGUGCAAAGGUCCUGCUGGCUACGGGGAGAACCGUGCGGAUUGCGCGGCUGAGGAAGGGGAUGGAGGUCAUCACGCCUCGGGGGCCGAGGAAGGUGAUGGCUAUUCUAAGGAUGGAGGCGCGGAGGGCUGCCAUGUGUCGGGUCACGUCGGCAGAUGCGAAGCGGAGGUUGCUGGUCACGCCGUGGCAUCCUAUUUUGCUGGCUCUCCCGGGCUGCGUGUGGGCAUUUCCGAAGGACGUCCCGAUGAAGCCGGUUAGGUAUUCGGGCCCCGUGUACUCGGUUCUCCUGGAGCGGGACGAGGACGCCAAUGCGCAUGCCAUCAUGGUUGGGGGCACAUGGGGCGUGACGAUGGGUCACGGCCUGACCGAGUUCGAAGAGGGGAAGCCGCAUGAUGUGAGAGCGCACCAGUUCUAUGGGGAUUACAGUAGGGUCAGCAGGGCGCUGGCGAUGCUGCCCAGGACGGCCGGCGGAGUGGUGCUUGGACGGGGGUUGACGAGAGAUCCUGAGACGGGUCGUGUCAAUGGACUUAGCAGCAGUAGGGCGAGGAAAAGUGCUUUCCGUGCUCAGGUUUGAGAUAAGGGUGCAAUAGUUGGUUGGGUGUAGGCUACCCACGAUCGGGAAAAGCAGCUCGCGUCACAGAGUCGGAGGUCGCAAAAG